UGCGGGCGGCGGGGCUGCGCAUAGGGGGGCUUGAGGUGCCCGGGUGGGGCUGGGUGUCCUCGGUGGGCUCGGGGACAGCCCCUCCGUCCUUCUCUCCCUCCCCCGGCGAGUGCCAGCAGCGGUGUGGAGCAGCAGAGCCCGCAGCCAGCCCUCUGCUUCCCCUCUCGGGCUGGUGCGGGGCUGAAGGGGUGGGCAUUCCCGUCCCGUGUCACCAGCAGGGCCGCCCGCUGGACCCGAAGGCUGGAAAAUUGCGGCGGCUGUGCCAGGGGUUCCCGUUUCCUCCCCGUAUCGCAUCGUAGCGGUUGGGUGUUGGGGUGGGCUCGGGUUUCGGCUCCCGCCGUGCUGACGUUUGGUCACCGUGCCCGGCACGGCGCCGUGGGCUCACGCCGGGACCUCAGCGCCUCAGAGCAGACGGGAGCUGAGCGCGUCCUCGGCGGAGGGCAGAGGUUGGGACGGGGCCUCGGGGUCGUGGCGGCAGCGCCUGGGGCUGGAAUGGAGCCUGGGUUCUUCUGAGGGCUGUGCUCCUGCGGUGGAGGUGAGCGGGGUGAGGUGACGCGCGGCGGUGGUGGUGGAGUGUGGGAGCGGCUGAGGGCCCUGGGUGCGCUGGGCACGGAGCUGAGGGGAGCUCUCAUGGCGGCUGCAGCUCCGCACAGGGAGCGGAGGGCAGCGCUGGGCUCUGCUCUGUGUGACAGCGACAGGGCCCGAGGGAACGGCAUGGAGCUGUGCAAGGGGAGGGCCGGGGGUUAGGGAAGGGCUCUGCCCAGAGGGCGGUGGGCAUGGAAUGGGCUGCCCAGGGCAGGGGGCACGGCCCUGAGCUGCUGGAGCUCAGGGAGCGUUGGGACUCUGCUCUCAGACAUUGGGUUUGGCGGUGCUGCCUGGAGCCAGGGGCUGCACUCAUUGAUCCUCGUGGGUCCCUUCCAACCAACUGUAUUCUGAUUCUGCAGGGAUGGGUUUUGUCCUUGUUUUCAUACACUGUGGGCACAGCUGCAUCUUGUGUGUGAGAGGAGCAUGUUUGUCAAACCACGCAGUAACGCACAGCGAGGGGGAAAAGAAAUGAAAUGCAGACCCAGUGCAAGAAGGAGAUGGGGACCUAGGUCACACGUGAGGUUGCUGUAGCUGUCACUUACGUUCCCUUUUGGCAGAGGGUGAUGCUGUGCUGGACACUGGCAGCUGGAGCUGCUGCCAGCGGGGAUCAUUGCAAGGAAGCAGGAGAGGCUGCACAUCUGGCUGCGAGCUGAGCGUGUGGUCUCUCUUUGCAUUUGUACCUUCAAGGCUUUCGGGGACAGCCUUUGAAUGCAGGCAGGGUGAUUGCUUGCCAUCCUGUCCUCUCCUGCUGCAGGAAGAUGAGUGGUGAGCCCAUGAAGACACAGGAGCAGUGUGGAUUUCUGUUGUCCUUAAAAUGCAUCUGUGACAGAGCUGGGCAUCCCCAGGAGGCAAUGGCCUGAUCAAGGCACGGCGACCGGCUGUUUCCACGGAAUGGGAAAGAAAAAGCUUUGCUUUGGUUCAGCUGGGAGGCUUCAUCGCAGCAAGCUGCAACCACGCUGCUUGUCUUUGCCGUCCUCCCUGCCUGUUUUCUUUUUUUAGAGGAGCUGGAGGUCACAGCAAUGUCAUCUUGGAGCAAAAUAACAAGAGACAUGUGCUCUGGGUCUCAGUGGAAGUGGGAACUCUCUGUUUUCAUCUCCUGAGAACUGCAGCCUGGCUGCAAAGACGACUUUCUUCCCACUCCUCUGCAAGAAGUGCUAGAGAAAACAAGCGCCAUGUACACUUUCCUGCCUGAAAACUUCACACCGGUGAAGCAGAAGCCAUCCAAGGAGUUGAGGCCCAUGCUGGGGGCCGUCACGCUGGGCCUCAUCCUGUUCAUUGCCGCGGUGGUGGCCUGGUGCUACUACACAGUGUCCCUGCGGAAGGCAGAGCGGCUCAAGACGGAGCUGAUGGACCUGCGGGCGGAUGGCUUCGUCAUCAGGAACCAGCACGGGGAGGUGGUGUUCCGGCUGGCGUUCCGCUCGGGGAGCCUGGACUUGGAGUCGUGCUCCAAGGAGGGCGAGAUCCUGAGCUGCACGCGGUCGGACCGGGGGCCGCUCAACUUCUUCAUCCAGACGGUGAAGCCCAAGGACACGGUGAUGUGCUACCGCGUGCGCUGGGAGGAGCUGGCGGCCGGCCCGGCGGUGGAGCACACCAUGUUCUGGGAGGACGCCCACUGGUACGGGGGCUCGGAGAUGAGCACCCAGCACUGGCCCAUCCGCCUGGCCGGCUACCAGGAGCCCGUGCCCUACGUCACCAGCGACGUCUACUCUUUCCGCGACAGCUUUGGGGGCAUCCUGGAGCGCUACUGGCUCUCCUCCAAGGCGGCGGCCAUCAAGAUCAACGACUCGGUGCCCUUCCACCUGGGCUUCAACGCCACCGAGCGCUCCCUCUUCUUCCAGGCCCGCUACAAGGACUCGCCCUACAAGCCCCCGCCGGGGCAGCAGCCCUUCCCCGAGCUGAGCUACCGCGUGUGCGUGGGCUCCGACGUCACCUCCAUCCACAAGUACAUGGUGCGCAGGUACUUCAACAAGCCCUCCAAGAUCCCUGCAGAGAACGCCUUCCGCUACCCCAUCUGGUCCACGUGGGCCCUCUACAAGAACGAUAUCGAUCAGGAUAAACUCUUGCGAUUUGCUGAAAAGAUUAAGAAAUACCGUUUUAACUGCAGCCACAUUGAAAUUGAUGACAUGUACACACAGGCCUAUGGCGACUUUGACUUUGACCCUGUCAAGUUCCCCAAUGUAACUGAGAUGUUUGCGAAACUGAGGGAGGAUGGGUUUAAGGUCACUCUGUGGACACACCCCUUCAUAAACUAUAAUUCCUCAAAUUUUGGGGUGGGGAUAGAGCGCCAGCUCUUCAUCAAGGAGCCCUCGGGGCGUCUGCCGGCCAUGGUGGAGUGGUGGAAUGGCAUUGGGGCCAUCCUGGACUUUACCAACCCAGCAGCCCGGGACUGGUUCCAGAGCCACCUGCGCCAGCUCCGUCACAAGUAUGGCAUCUCUUCCUUCAAAUUUGAUGCAGGAGAGACCAGCUACCUGCCCAAGCAGUUCAGCACCUUCCGGCCGCUCUCUGACCCCAGCAUCUGGUCCCGGCGCUACACUGAGAUGGCCAUCCCCUUCUAUGAGCUGGCCGAAGUACGGGUGGGCUACCAGUCACAGAACAUCUCCUGCUUCUUCCGCAUCAUUGACCGUGACUCUGUGUGGGGCUAUGAGCUUGGCCUCAAGUCCCUCAUCCCUACAGUGCUCACCAUCAGCAUGCUGGGCUAUCCCUUUGUUUUUGCUGAUAUGAUUGGAGGAAACUUCCUCCCCAACAAGACGGAUGGAGCAGUUGAGAUCCCGGACCGGGAGCUGUACAUCCGAUGGCUGGAGCUGUCAGCCUUCAUGCCCUCCAUGCAGUUUUCCAUCCCACCCUGGCUUUAUGACAAGGAGGUGGUGGAGAUCGCGCAGAAGUUCACGGAGCUCCACGAGUCACUGGUGGCCCCGCUGCUGCUGGAGCUGGCUGGGGAGGUGACCGACACGGGUGACCCCAUCAUCCGGCCCAUCUGGUGGAUCUCGCCCCGCGACGAGGCCACGCACCGAAUCGACUCGCAGUUCCUCAUUGGGGACACCCUGAUGGUGGCUCCCGUGCUGGAGAUGGGCAAGCAGGAGCGCGACGUCUACCUGCCGGCGGGCAAGUGGCGCAGCUACAAGGGGGAGCUCUUUGAGAAGACGCCGGUGCUGCUCACGGACUAUCCCGUCGACCUGGACGAGGUCGCCUAUUUCCUCUGGGUUUCCUAACAGGCUCCUCCAUCUGCUUUUGGAAAACCAUGCCUUACGCUACAACUUUUUAACAAAUAAUAAUUCUAAUUGCACAUUUCAUUUGGGACUGGGAUUGUGGAAGUGUAUUAAAUAGACUUCAUUCUCCGUGGGGAUUUUUUUGGUUUUUGGAGGAAGGUGGUCUAUUUUUUUUUUAUUUGGGGCAGGUGGGAGGUUGCAGUUGGGCUGUGGUAGCCAGAAUUUUCUCCGUAUCUGUGAAGGCAGAUCUAUCGUGCAAACCUAAUACCAUUUUGGUUCCCAAGUAUUUUAAGAGGGGAAGUUUGGUUCGUGUCUUGUGGGGGCAUUUCUCGUCCCACAGGAGCACCCAGCACUGGCUUGGGGGUGUGUGAUGUGGGAGGGUUGCUACAGCACAGCCUGCCUUAAGUUUUCUAAUAUGGCAAGUUUAUUUAAAAAGACUUUUUUAAGAGCAGCAAACAAACUAGGUUACACAGAUAUAUAUAUAUGCAGAUUUAUUUUCCCCCCUGUAGCAUGGUAGUGGACUAACACUUGCUCAUUUUCUGGGGUACCAGGCAGGCCAGGUUACUCACGUGAUGUGCAGUUAUUUCAUUUGAAAGGCUACGUAUCACUUGCUGGAGCAGCUGCAUCCCACCUCCUCGCCCAUCUGAUGCUGCUGCAAGGCUCUUGCCUGUGUGUUUCACCUCAGGUGUCAACAUUGCCUUUCCUGUAGCAGCACUGUUCAUACCAGUGUGCCCAGUCAGUCUUCUUAACACAUUAUGGUCCUGCUUUCUUACAGGACAGUAACAGUUAUUCAUUUUGUUUUUUAAGGACGGAUGAGCUCUCAGGUUUGUUGCUGGCAGAAGGACUGCCUGAAGCAAAGCUGAUCUCCAAGGGUCUGUGUGCUGCUUCCCCGGGAACAGCAGGUUCUUGUGAGCAGCACGAGUCAUGGAUGUAAUGUUUGCUGCUAGCCGGCUUGCUGGUGGGUGAAAAGCACCAGCUUUUGCAUUGAUGGUUUUGUGCCUGUGGGUGUUCUUACUGCACCCAAGGAAAUGUUCUCAUGUAGCAGGAAAUUAAGCUAAUAUCCAUCUCCAUCUCUGGUUGGAGUUAGAGAGAUGAUAAUGUUGUGUAGAGCUUUUCUGAAGCAGCCCUUUUCUGUCUCGUGGAGAUGUAGGGGACUUCCUCUGCUUUUGGGCUUGUUGUCAGAGGUUUCUGGAGGGGACAUGGGGUGAUGUGUUCCUGUGCCCGCAGUCCCCAUCACUAGAACGGGCAAGACUUUGGCUCAGGUCCCUCCUGUUGCCUAUGUGGGGAUUUUCUCAGCAUUUCUCCCUCCUUCUUUUUCAGAUGCUUUCCCAGCUUUCCCAUUUGGUUUUGUUCAGGAAGAUGCACUUACAGAGACACAGGCAGUCUCCACUCUAAGCAACCACAAGCAGGAUUGCAGUCUGGCAGCCCUGCUCCCUGGGACAGGACCUUCUCGGCUGUGCCCUGGCUGCUGGUGUCUCUCAGCCCAUUCAUUUUUAAUGUGCCUGCUCAGAACUGAACCAUGUUAUCUGGGAAGGCUUGAGGCAAGGAGAACACAGCAGCUGCAGGUCUUCUUAUGGGAUUGUAUCCAGGCAUGAGUUCACCACCCGGGGAAAUGGAGCAGCCUUUUGAGUAGAGUUGGAUACCUGUGAUGGUCUUUCUCUAAGGCCAACUUUUCCUCUGGGUUUGCAGGAGGCAGAAAACGAGAUGCACCUAUGGGUUGCGAGAGUAUCCACAAGUGGAAACUCAGGUGUUUGGGGCAAUAUCUAAAGUGUUUUUAUAGUUAGGAAGGACGUGAGAAAGUUCAGUGUGAUGGACACUCUCCUUGGGGAUUUUCAGAAGCUAUCUGGACCUGCUCGAGGUGACCCCUGCUCGAGGCCUCCAGAGGUCCCUUCCAACCUCAGCCAUUUUGAGUCUCUUUGGAACCAACCUGAUGUCUGACUGUAUCUGCUCUGUGUCGUUUGGUGUUUCGGCCUCAAAAACAGACUCAAGGGGGUCCUCAGGUUCAGCAGGAGCACAGGCAAGUCCCAGGCUCAGCCUCAAAGCCUGUUUCUUGUGCCUUUUAGCUGUGGAGGGCUCAGGUUUGCCCUCUGGCCCCAGUACAAGUAGCAGUGGUUUUCCAGGCUACGAACACACUCUGGCAAGGUUUAGCCUUCCUAGUAGAAUCCCUUUUCUGUGAAAAUUAGGGCAGUAACUGCAUGAGUGCCUUGAUCCCUUCUUAGUAUUCAGUAAAAUCCAUUGUGCUUUGCGUGGGAGCAGAUGGGGAGAGCUUGUGUCCUCUGCUAGCAUCCCUCAGCUCAGGGGAAUCAGGUGCCAGCUGCUGAGGGAGCCAGAAGCUGAUGUUAGGAGUAGUGGUGGUAGACUGGGACAUUCCUGUGAGGUGUGGGAUCUUAAAGUCCAAUGUGGCUGUACCAUAUCAGCUUUGUGCCAGGAAAGGCACCAAAAUUCAACAGGGCUCUGUCAGGAGGGAAAAUCUCCAUUCAACACACCGUCCUCCUUCCCCUUCCCUCAAAAGAAAGAGUUUUAUUGUCGAAGGUGUUUAUUAACUAGUCGUAAAUGAGUAAGAUUAUAGAGUAUCCUUAUUUUUCUAAAUGCUGUGGUUAGGGCAGAAGUGCUUGUGGCCAUUUAGUGCUCCAGCUAGGAGAAGGGGAAAGCUGGGAGGAGGGCAGGGAUGAAGCCAAGGAACAAGGGCUCAUCUGAGUGUCGCUGCCUGGAUCCCUGGCACCACGCCAUUUUGGAGACAGGCUCAGCAAUGCUUCCUCAAGCUAUCUCAUAAGCUACUGGAUGCUCUCUCCAUCAACCUUUUUACCAGAACCACUAUUUCUAACACUGUGCUGCAGCCCAGGUUGAGCAUCCCUAAGGCUUUGCAGAUCACGAGCUCUCUGUGCACGGACACUUUGGGAACCAAUACCCAGGGAGAUUUCUGUGGGUUACACCCUGGGUCACUGUCCAAAACCAGGUUAACUCAGCCAAGGAGAAGCCUCAAAACAGGUGUUGGGGAUUGGUUCAGUCAGCACUAGCAGGUGGAGAUGAGCAGCGGGUCAGCAUGAUGUCCAUAGGAUUGCGCUUUGAAGCUUACUUUGUCAUGUGCCAGCUUUAGUGGGUGGCUGGGUUUCACACGCUUUCCUGAGAUGGACUGCAGUGCUGGUGGGAUCAUUUUUAACCACUUUUCUAAUUCUAAUUGUUAUGAAAACAGAGCUGUAACGUGAAUUGCCUUGAUUGAUAUAAAACUUUGGAAAACAAAAGGAAGUUUAAUU